AUUGGUGCUCGUUAGCUCAGCCUCAGCUGUGUUCUCAUGAUCAAACAGUGACUGUGUGCGGUGUGCGUGAAAGCAAACAACUGAUUCGGCGAGAGAUAUUCCACUUCUGCAAUCGACAUUGCUGCUGCCGACGUUCGGAGUUCCCCAUACGCUCUGCUCACUCGGACAGAAAUGGAGGGACAUCUCGGACAUCUCACCGAGCGACAGCAAGCAGCUCUGACUGAGUUCAAGCAGCUCGCACGUGGACUGCUCACCGAGAACUAUCACGAUGAUUACUUUUGCCUCCGAUGGCUGCGUGCGAGGAAUUUCAAUGUCGAAGCGGCGAAGGCCAUGCUCGAAAAGAGCCUUCACUUCCGAAAAAGUUGGAGACUAGAUCAUAUUUUGGAGGAAUUCAAAAUCAAUAAGGGUCUCCAAAAAAUAUAUCCUGGAGGAAUCCUUGGAUUCGACAAACUCGGGGGCUGCGUCAUGAUUUAUCCGAUGGCCAACAUGCAACCGAAAUACUUCCUCGAGUUCACUCGACGGACCGACGUUGUGAAAGUCGUGCUCCAUCGAAUGGAAAGAGCACUACUGCUUCUGCGAGAGCAACGCGCCAAGACGGGCCGCAACGUCGAAGCGAACACGAUCAUUUUCGAUCUCUCGGACUUCGACAUCACGACCAAUCUGUCGACUGCCGCGUUCUCAAUCUACAGAGACCUCGUAUCGACCUACGAAUUAAAUUAUCCCGAAAGUUUGAGUCAUGCCUUCGUGAUAAAUGCUCCACCGAUCUUCAGUCUAUUUUUCAAUCUCCUGAAACCCUUGCUCAAUGGUACCACGCUUUCGAAAGUACAAAUUUUCGGAAAAGAUCCAUCGAAGUGGAAACCGGUUUUAUUGGACGCCAUUGACGCUGAUCAAUUGCCGGUUCGGUACGGUGGAACGCGGACCGGUAGGAACGGCGAUGAAGGCUGUGAGGAUGAGAUCACCUACGUCGAUAAACUGAACAAUGAGGUCGUCCAGCAGAUGAUACGACUGAUCCCCGAGGCGGAUCGUUUGAUAAAGGCAUGUGUUGGUCGCCGUUCAGUUCACGAUCACGUGGUUUUGAUCGAAGAGGCGAACAGCGCUCUCAAAGUCGAAUUCGAAUCUGACGGUCACGACAUCGCAUUUGCUAUCUUGAGACGAGCGUCGGCGAAAGAUUCAGAGAAGAUUGUGCUCGAGAAUAAGCGAUACAACUCUCAUCAAGCUUCCGCACUCAUAUGCAUUCGGUGUCCAGCUCCCUCCGAAUACAUUCUCCGUUUUGAUAACACUUUCUCAGCGCUCCGCUCGAAAAGUAUCGCCUUCAACCUCCAGAUAAUACCCGCGGCAAAAGUCAACGACGACAUGCUCAUGAUUCACGAACCCUGACCGGAUUGAGCCGGCGGGUUAUCUAGAGGAAAUUGUAUCGAUAUUCCGGGAUCGUAUACCUAGACGAAUAAAUUAAAAAAAA